AUGAUUAAAAGUGAAACCGGUGAGAGAGACAGAAUGACGGAUAGCAAGGCUGACAAAAGCGACAAUGACACAGAGACAACACGCCUAAGAAGCGACGAGACGUCAAUCAGGGAAGACUCCAUUAGAGAACUGGACGAAGACAAUGAUAAAGACGCUACUCGUAAAGGGAACAAAGGAAAGCAACGAAUAAUGCGGGGCCAUCCAGUGAUUCAACCAGUGAUCGUUCUGCCGUCGCUGCUCGCCGGAUUCCUAUGGGGAAUUGCUCAGACAUCGUUUUUCAUUGCUAAUCAACACCUCUCUCAAGCUGUUACGUUUCCUAUUAUCACAAUGCUCCCUGGAUGUAUAGUUGCCGCUUGGAGUAUCUUCUACUUCCACGAGAUCAAGGGUAGCCGAAACUUCAAAAUUCUUGCCGUCGCCAUGCUGGUAACGCUGCCUGGAACGGUGAUGGUUGGACUGUCGAAAUUUGUCGAUCUCUGA